AUGCUACCACCGGCCAUCCUCCUUCUAGGCGCCGCCGUCCUCGGCCGCUGCCAAGAAGCAUCCUCCGGCUGCGGUCCCAGCUGCAAAGCAGCCUUCAAAGAGGCGCUUGCCGCCGAGGCCGUCAACUGGGCCACCUACAACGUGACCAACGACGCCUUUUACGACACUCCCGGCAACUUUUCCAGCUCGUCCAAGCCCGGUGACCUCCUCCGCUGGCAGGAUCUCAGCUCCGACCAGCUGGCAUCCAACUUCACCCUGGUCCCGACGGGCAUGUCCCUGUCUCGGUUCAUCUACGUGACCGAAGACAAGGACCGCAAACCCAUCCCCUCGAGCGGCUACGUGCUCCUGCCCUACUCCAUCCCGGACGGGCGCGACAAGUUCCGCACCGUGGCGUGGGCGCACGGCACCGCCGGCAACGGGCGCAAGUGCGCCCCGAGCAACAACCAACGCCUCGACUACAGCUGGCUGGCGCCGUUCCUGUACGCCUCGCACGGGUACGCGGUCGUCGGGACCGACUACGCCGGGCUCGGCGUCGAGAUCCCCACCACCUUCCAGUACGAGGCGGGCCAUCUGCACGCCGCCGACGUGGCGUAUUCGGUCGUCGCCGCGCGCAAGAUGGUCGGCCACUUGCUGACGGAUGAGUGGGUCGUCGCGGGCCACAGCGAGGGCGGCAUGACGGCCUGGAGGACCAACGAACGGCUGGCCAUGCCGGGCCAGGACGGGCUGCUCAAGGCGGGCAGGUUCCUAGGCGCCGCGUCCAUCGCACCCGCCCUGCAGCCCAUCAAGCUCAUCCCCAGGGAGAUUGAGCGCGCCAAGGGUGGGCAUAUCGAGAUUGUGUCGGUUUACCUGCUGCAGGCGCUGUCGGGCCUCUACCCGGACACCAUCAAAAAGGAGGACUACCUGACCGAGAACGCCCUGACUCUCCUACCGUACAUCAACCAGGGCUGCCUCCGCACCGGCUCGACCAUCAUGUCUCUGUUCAACGUCAGCCAGAUCUACAAAAACACGAGCUGGAUCACCGGGCCCGUGAUGCAAAAGUGGCAGAAGGAAAUCAACGGCGCCGGGCCGCACAAGCUAGCGGGUCCCAUGCUGGUCGUCCAGGGCGAGGCUGACGUUUUGACGUACCCCGAAUUCGCAGAGGAGGAUUUCGACGCGACGUGCAAGGAGUUUCCGGAUUCCAGCGCAGAGUAUUACAAAGUGCCGGGUGCAGGGCACGGGACCAGCCUAGAGGCAAGUGCGCUUUAUUAUAUACCCUGGAUCAAAUCCCUUUUCGAAGGGAGGACCCCCCAGGCUGGUUGUAGGAAGGUGACUGCAAAGCCUGUGACGGAUCGGUUCAGCAAGGAUAGAACGGGGCCGCUGGCUUGA